GUAGGAGCUGAGAGCCUCAGCGUCUUGGUCAGAAGCGCUUCUCACUGCGACGGGGUCAAGAUGCUGUUCUCUGUGUAUUGCUGCAUUACUGAGAAUGCACUGAAACAGGCAUAAAACUGAAAGGAACUUAAAUAAAAAUGAAGAGGAAAAGACAGAACAAGGGGCGAAAGAAAGGAGCAGAUAAAGCAGGUCGGAACAAUGACAGUCUUAGGCAAAGUGGACGGGAGGAGAAGGCCAAAAGAUCAGAGCCUGGCAGUAGUACGUCAAGUCCAGCCCAGUCGCAGAAGCAGCCUGAUAACACCUCAACCAGACUUAGAGACCAGGCUGAACAUCAGGAGUCUGAUCAGGGCUGUAACAGGGCCGUGCCUGGGACAGGCAAAGUGGAGGCUCAAACUCAAACAAUCAGACUGGAGGUCAGAGACAGAGUGACCCAAACUGAGUCUGUCAGGCAAAAUUCUCGUCACACGCAAACCCAUUCAGCAUGGGGGUCGACGCAGCUCGAGCCAGCAGAGGAUGCUAUGGAGUGGGAACCGACAUCGCAGGACAGAGGAAAUGCAGAAAAUGAGAAGAAUGAAGGAGAAGGUACUAAAGGCUCAAUGAAAGAGUUUACAUCUGACGAGAAGAGCGGAGAGAGUGCACUGCCGGAGGACAAUGUGCCCCACCUUGAUGCAGAAAAGGUGAAGGAGAGUAAUAAAAACGAGAAGGUAGGAAGGUCAGGAGAAGAUCCACAGAAUUCCUCAGACCAUUCCUCAGCAGGUAGUGGACCAAAGUCAUAUGCUGCUGCAGCAUCAGCCACGGAGCACACCAAAGGCUCAAAGGAGCAGAGCGUUCAGACAGCAGCGAGACAGGAGGGCAGAACUCACAGCAAAGGAGAACAGAGAAAAACAUCCCCAGUGAGAGGACCGACUGGGCAGCCAGUGUUCACCUUUUAUGUUUACAUAGUGGUGGAUAAAAAGUUCAGGUUUAACAGAGAUGAGGACAAACUUCUGCUCUGUUAUACAGGUGGAUCUGAUGAAUUGGAAAUCACCCAUUUCAAGGGCUUGCGUGAGAAAGGCUAUCUGAUCGAGGCAAAGUUCUCCGUUGAUGAAAUUAAUUUGCAAAGGGGCAGUUUAAUGUCAUAUAAGUAUGCAGUGCUUCAACGACAGAAGGUAAUAGAGGAAAUUGCCACAAGAUACCACCAGAUCCCUAUUGAUCACUCUGUCAAAGAAAUGCACCUUUUUGAGGCUCACAUGAGUCGCACAGGAUCAAUUAAAGACUGGCUGAGGAGCUUCAUUAAGUCUGCAGAUAAAGUCAUUUCUGAGGCUUGGGAGAAUUCUGCGCAUUUUCUACUGGACAGAUUGUUUGAGAAAUGGGACCCAUCAAGUCAGAAGAGUGUUCUGACAUUCACACAACUCUUAAACAGCUAUAAGAGGAGUUUUCACGCUGCCAGAGACCAUGUGUUUUACUUUGACAAUGUGCCUACUCCUUUUGUGAAGGUGUCAGAACUGAUAGCAAACAAACUGGUGAAGAUACUGAAUGGAGAAAGAGGGGGAAGAACUUCAGAGAGCUCAGCUGAUGUCAGUCCUCUGACGACGGGCCUCUCAGUGUUCCAGGUGUGCUGUGCGUGUUGUAUUGAGCUUGGAAUUAAAGACUGGGGCAAAGUUUGUCAGCUGGUCUCCACUAGUCCUGCCCUGGGACAAUUAGAAGAAAUUCAGAAUGCCUUUCCAGCAUUACAGAACACAGUGUUGGGUCUGAUGAGCUUGUGUGCUCGGAAACUGGUCUCAGAGCUGGUGCUGCUGGUUCCUCUCCUCCACACUCUGAGGCAGCCAGGGGCAGACUCAGGCCGGCUUGGAUGGACUGUGGAGGAGUCAGACUGGACUGGGCUGCACUUUGUGGAAUUUCGUCCAUUCAGAGAGAAGAUGAGAAGACUCCCUGACAAAAGGAGGAUGAUGCUCCGUAUGGUCCAAGAUCACAUAUCACUGGUCAAGAAGAAUCCUCGGAUUUUGAUCAGCUGGCUGUCCAUGAUGGCAUUUGAGGAUAUUAUAGAGUUUGCCAAAAUGACAGAGAUUGUUCCUGAAUAUCUGAUUCAGGGCCUGAUGUACAGACUGAAAGUGUUUGAACUGUGCACUCAUAACACCGCUCCUCCCGAUUCACAGAAGAACCUGCAGAUCACUGAAGAGAUCCUGAGAUAUGUUAUGAAGUGGAAUGAGCAGGACAUAAAAAGAAUCACAGCCUCUAAAAGAUUGGAUGCUGUGUUUCAGUGUUGCAGCAAUGUUCAUAAGAGUACGUGCAGAAUAGCACGACAAGAUAUCCAAAUGUUCAAGGCUGCAGUGUUAUCUUUCCAAUUGGUGCUGAAAUUGGCUGAAAUUCAGUAUGAAGCACUUUCAAAGAGUGGAGACGAGAAAGAUCUGGAGAAAAAGCGUCUUGUCUCACAGCUUGAACAAAUGCAGAAGGAGUUCAGUCAGUGGAGGGAUGGACUGCUUCGCCGACCUCUGCUCCACCAGUCCACGCUGUCUUACCCCAGUGAAAUCGAACUCUGGGAUGCCUUCUUUGGACUGGAGUGUUCGAUAGAGUGCGUCACAGAGCAGUGGUUAUACGGUUUGGAGACGGACCUAAGAAAGAGGAUCUCUGAGCUCCAAAGUGAUGUGCAGAAGAUACAGGUCUGCUGUGUGGAAUCUUCAGCAAAGGCUAUAGCGAAAAGCCAUAGAGCUGUUCAGGCUUGUUUUCAAGAUCUGUGUCUGUCUGCAAUAAAAAGUAUAUGCCAGGUGGGGAAAGAAGGGGAUCUUCUGCAGACUCUGCUGUCAGACCCAAAGUUUCUUCACUCGUCUAUCUUGUCCUCAAUCGUAGUGGAAUCAGCAGCUCGUUUUGGAGAAGACACAGUGACCCAGCUACUGAAUGGCCAAUCUGCUGUCCAUAUCCUCUUGUCUCAGGGUGACUGGAAUCAGUGGAAGGUAGAAGAGGAUGCCUGUCUUGUUAUGCAGAAGUGUCAGUCUAUCCUGGGUUCUCUGGUCAUUUCUCUUUGCCAGGGUAACAUUCCUCUCAGCCACCUGCAGACUGUCUUGAAAAAUCGGAACAACUUCCAAAAAAUGUACAAGAACUGUAUGAAAUAUGGCAAACUGGAUAACAUUCCCAUUGAUUCAGAGGAGCUGCUCGCACAAAGAGAGAAAGACCUCCUAGCCCUGAAGGAACAGAGGGCACAUGUAGAUGUCCUCAUAAAGAUGAUUGGGAAAAUCUCAGAGAUGAUCCAUGUACCUGAGAUUUCCUUGCUGGAGGAUAAACACAAAAUUGAUCUUCAGGCACUGAGCUUGAAUGAGCUGCUAGCAGUACAGCCAUGCUUCUCCAAGGAAGAUCUGAGAGAAAUCUCAACAGGGCGGGUGCUGUACUACAAUGCUGAUCUGCUUGUGCUGGACACAGCAAGGCAGAUGCAUGAAUUUAAAGAGAGUAACCUUCUUCUCAGCUCCUGGGUGGAGAGAGCAACUGCACAGGCAUCUAUGAACACUGGUUCCGGCCCUGUGUCACUGAAUCUGACACAAGUCAUUUCUGAAAUCUGGCAGCCAUCUGUUUGUAACUUUUAUAAGUUAGGUAUUAGGAUUGCGCAAGGCCUUGCCACUUUUGAAGAAGUUGAUAAGGCUGUGGAUGGGUGCGGAGAUGAGGGUGAUGGCACUAAGAUAAAAAAAGAGCUGCAUCUUAUGGCUGCUAAGCUGGAGAGUUAUCAAGGCCUGGAGAAAAACUGGCCUCAACUGAGGCUCUUUCAGAUCCAGGAAUACAGACAGCUUCACCAUGCAGCUGAGGCCACCAGUGCAAUACUGCGGAUAAGAGACAGACUAGGCCUGCGAGGAGACUUCAGCCCCAUAUACAGCCUUACUGAGCUGAGAGAUGACACAUUCAAACAGAAGACUUUAGAAUCCCUCAGUGAUGACCUCCUCAGUGCCAAGAGAAGACUGUCGAAUGUCAAACCUCAGCACACAGCCUGUCUGGACGCGUACUUGGAGAGUGAAAAGCUGGUCCGCUGGGCUAAGACCUGUAUUGAGAAUCUAAGUGAGCUGAAGUUCUUUAUGAACCUGGCUGGGGAGAGUGAUGCUGACAUUGACAGACUGGCCAGUUUUCGUGAUGCUGUCGCAGGCUACAGCCCUUUUUUGUACUCCCUACCUCUGGAGGCAGGCUUUGAAGAGUUUAUCGCUUGUGCUCAGCAAAUUUGGGACAAUCUCCAAAAAGAUGAGAAACUUACCGAAAAAUUGAAAGACUCUUGUCGCUGGCUGGACUGGCUGAAAAGUGUGAGGGAUACUCAUGGCUCUGUUGAGCAGUCCUCUCUUUCAUUGGCUUCAGCUAUCAAUACAAGCGGUGUUUACCAUGUAGAGUGGCCAGCAGACACUUCUGAAAAGAAAUGUCUGGGCAGCGUCUUAUAUGUGAAAGUGCCAAGCAAUGAAAAAGACAAGACAUACAGCCUGGAUGAAUUACUGGAGCUACAAAACAAGCUGAUGCUGAUGUCAUCCAAAGGAGAGUGUGGGAAGGAGCAAGAAGUCAACAAGUUCACUGAGAUUUUUGAGGGAGUACAACGAAUGGGACGCAUUCUUUUGCAUCUGUGGUCAUCUGGUAACUUAUUCUUCCGGGAUUUGGAGGCACUUGUAAAAUGCAACCCUGAAGAAAACCCAUGCAUCAGUAUUCACUGCCCAUUGCUUGGGAAGCAUGUUGUGUAUCAUGGACAUGUUGCUGAGCAGCUUCAAAAAGUAUGCCGCUCUAUGGAAGCCUGCCAUGAAGACUGGCGUAACUUCAUGUCUGAUAUGCGCUCGAGAUUCUAUGCACUAAAUCACUACACCUCAGAGCAGGUAGUCUACCUUUGCAAUUGGAUCCACAAUAUCUGUGUGAAACGAAAGCCUGUGCCACAGCAAAUAUGGCACCUGCUCCACCCCCUUAAGCCAUCCUGCACCCUAAAUGAUAUUAGAGAAGCUUUCAAAAAGGCAACAGAGAGCAUUAACCUUCAUCUUCAAGGCCAGCUCAAACCUCCAACAUUGAUACUGGUAGAGGACAGUUCUGAAACAGUAUAUUCAAUGGAUAUUGGGGACACCAGACCUCAUGAUGAGAAAUCUAAGAUUCACAAAGACAAUAAAGAAGACCAGGUCAACAUUUCUGCUGAUGAUAUGCUAGAAGAUCUUACAGAUGAGGACGACACAUCUGAGCAACAUAGUGGAAGAAGUCAACUUCAACAAGACCUUGAAGAAGCAGAUAUAGAAGAAGAAGAACAACAACAACAAGAACAAGAAGAGGUUUUGGAUGAAUGGAAUCAGGAUGAGGAAGCCUUCAGUUAUGAACCUGAGGCUCACUCUUCCACACAGGCCCAAUGUAGCAAAAUGGAAAAGACUGUUAUGGAAAGUCUUGACAGUUUGUGGGGACACUUUAGAAAUGACAUGCUCAGAUACCUUACACAAUAUGUUGACAUUGAGACCCUCGCUCACUUCCUUUCCAGCCUGUCUGCCAUGAACCAGGUGAACGUCAAGCGCAAGUUACCAUCUAUUCUUCAAGAAGGAAGACCCAAUCUUGUCCAUUGUCCUUCUACAGAAUUAAUAAGCACCACACUUUCAUUUUAUAUGGAGAGCCCAGAACAGACUUUUCCCUCAGUUGAUGAAGUGUUAAUGUGCAAAGAAGACACAACGGAAGAAGAAGUUGAGAUCUUUCUACGCCGAUGCCUGGGCAGAGGUUAUCCCAGUGGCCAUCAAAAGAUCUAUACAGUAGUCAACCCAGGUUUGCUGACCUAUGAUGUGAGUGUGGCUCUGGCAGAACUUUUUGAGGCAAUGGAGAAAAGUGCUCGAUCUCAGUAUCGCAUGGUUAUGGUCUGUCCGGUAAACCAAGACAGAUACGUCCCAUCAUUUUUCAGCAACUACAAGGUUCAAGGGGGAUUGAGCCUUUCUGCAGAAAGAGCCAAAAAAUACCUCAGAUGUCACUUAACUGUUCCAUUUCUUCAUAGUAGUCACUUCCAGGUCUAUCCAGAUGGUCUUUCUGCCUGGAUGAUUACUUCUAAACGUCCAGCUGUUGGGAAGUCCCUCUACAUUACACGAAUGUACCAGCAUUUCAUGGCAAAGUUUCCAGAAGCCAGUUACCUGCCCAUUAGACUGAUCGAACCUUCUGUUGACACAGAUUGUUUUGUCCAGACUCUUUCUGAGAAGUUGAGGGAACUGAGGGAACAGGAUCCCGUUCUUCUGCACAUUGAUGCUGCAGCUGUUCGAUGUGGUUUAGAGGAGUUCCUCUUCAAACUGCUUGUUCUAGGAUGUUUGAGUGACAGUAAGGGAACACUUUGGAGAAGAAACCCAGCUCACUUGAUUGCAGUUGAAACACUGCUGCCGGAUCCCACUCAUCAAAGGCAAACUCUUAAAGAGUCAAAUCAAGGACUUCUGCACUUGCUACCGACCAUUCACUGUAGACCUCCAAAAGAGGUCGAAGAGUUGGAGCUCAGAAAUUACAGUCAGAAGUCUGCAUCCUUAGACCCACUAAUGGACAUUCAAGAAUUUCAGAGUGAAGGUAUUCAGAGACCUUACCAGUAUUUAAGGAGAUUCAACAGAAAUGAGAGCUUGGACAGUUUCACUUAUCAAGCUAAAUCUGUGGAAGGAGAUCCUGCCAACUGUCUUCAUCAUCUUUUGUCAAACUGUGGACUUACGGACCCAUCAUGGGCUGAAUUGAAGCACUUUACUUGGUUUCUCAACCUGCAGCUGAAAGACUGUGAGAGUUCUGGUUUCUGUAAUCCAUACUUUUUUGCGGACCAUUUGCGUGGCUUCAAGACCUUCAUAGUUAAAUUCAUGAUUCACAUGGCUAGAGACUUUGCAUCUCCUUCCCUGGACAUCUCUGACCAGAGCCCUUCUCUCCACCAAGAGCAUGAGCCUGAGGAUGGUCUUUUAACAAUUCGGAAGCGAUGGGAGAAUCAGUCUCACCCAUAUAUAUUCUUUAAUGCAGAUCACUUGACCAUGACUUUCCUCGGUUUUCAUGUGAAGCAAGUGGGGUAUACUCUUAAUGCAGUCAAUCCACAAAAUGGCAGACUUUUGAUGCGUGAUGUAAUGUCACCUGAACUGUUCUUUGGACUUCAGCAACAAAGAAUUUCCUUCUCUGAAGACUUUGAUCAGCUUCCAAGAGUAAACAAGCUAAAAAAGAUUUCCUUAGUUGUUGGUGUUAAUGAACAGUUUGACCCUGAUCCCACAUAUGAGCUUACAGCAGACAAUGUCAUGAAAAUGCUGGCAAUUCACAUGAGAUUCAGGUGUGAGAUACCGGUCAUCAUAAUGGGGGAGACUGGCUGUGGGAAGACUAGACUGGUAAAGUUCCUCUGUGACCUGCAGAGGGAAGGUAGACAUGUUGAAAACAUGAAACUGGUCAAGGUCCAUGGAGGAACUACUGCUGAGACUAUAUACAAUAAGGUCAGGGAGGCGGAAAGACUUGCAGAGAACAACAGUCGCAAAUACAAGCUAGACACAAUUUUGUUUUUUGAUGAGGCCAACACCUCAGAAGCAAUAUUUGCUAUCAAGGAGGUGCUUUGUGACAAGUCUGUGCAAGGAUUUCCUUUGAAGAAAAAUUCCGGUCUGAAAAUAAUUGCUGCCUGCAAUCCGUACAGGAGACAUACUCCUGAAAUGAUCAAACGCCUGGAGCAAGCUGGGUUGGGCUACAGGGUAAAGGCUGGAGAAACAGAGGAUCGCCUUGGUAAAGUUCCCAUGCGCCAGCUUGUAUACCGUGUUCAUCCAUUACCCCCAAGCAUGAUACCCCUUGUUUGGGACUUUGGACAGUUGAGUGAUUCAACAGAGCUCUCCUACAUUCAACAGAUUGUACAGAAACAAAUGGAAGAAAACCGUUUGCCCCUUGAAUGCAAGGGAGUGAUCGCCAAUGUUUUGGCGGCUUCUCAAAGUUACAUGCGUUGUCGAAAGGAUGAGUGCAGCUUUGUAAGCCUUAGGGAUGUAGAGAGGUCAAUGACGGUGCUGGUAUGGUUCUUCCAACACAAAGACUACCUUUUUCCAAGUGUCCAGUGCACUGACAUUGUGCAUAUGGCUUUGAAAUGCUUGGCUCUUGCUUUGGGUGUUUGUUAUUACCCAUCUCUCGAGUGCAGAGAGGCUUAUCUGUCUGCUAUUACCAAGCAUUUUCCCCAACCACUGGACUCUGACAAGGCACUGGAGCAUGAGAUUAUCUCAUGCCAGGACUUCUUGCUUGAGAACAUACCAAUGAGAGAGACGAUAGCCAAAAAUUUAGCCUUGAAAGAAAACGUCUUUCUCAUGGUGGUCUGUAUUGAGUUAAGGAUUCCGCUCUUUCUGGUAGGCAAGCCAGGGAGCUCUAAAUCUCUUGCCAAGACUGUUGUUGCAGAUGCCAUGCAAAGGCAGGCAUCUCACUGUGACUUGUUCAAGAGGCUGAAAGAGGUACACAUGGUUUCUUUCCAGUGUAGUCCUCACUCAAGUCCAGAUGGGAUUAUUGCAACUUUCAGGAACUGUGCCCGUUUUCAAAAGGACAAGAACAUGGAUGAGUAUGUAUCAGUAGUGGUGCUGGAUGAGAUAGGACUGGCAGAAGAUUCUCCUAAGAUGCCACUGAAAACCCUCCACCCACUUUUAGAGGACGGGUGCAUUGACAGUGAGCUGCCAGAUCCACACAUGAAGGUGGGCUUUGUUGGAAUCUCAAACUGGGCUCUUGAUCCAGCAAAGAUGAACAGAGGGAUUUUUGUAUCUCGUUGGGACCCAAGUGAGAAUGAGUUAGUGGAGACAGCCAAAGGCAUCUGUUCAUCCUCCAAGUCUGUUCUUCUCAAAAUCAAGCAUCUCCUACCUAAGUUGGCAAAGGGCUUUUUAAGCAUCUGUAAAAGUGACAGUGACCAGUUCUUUGGACUCAGAGAUUAUUACAGCCUGGUCAAAAUGAUUUUUGCCACAGUGAAAAAUACAGACAGUGAGCCUAGUGACAGUCACUUAGCAGAGGCUGUAAUGCGCAAUUUUAGCGGGCAAAAAAAUGACUUUGACCCUCUGAGGCAUUUCCAAGACCUCUUUCUAAAUCUACAUGAAGUUCCUAGGACAAGCACCUUGAAAAUGAUUGAACAAAACCUCGACCACAGUAGUGAGAAUGAAUGCCGCUAUCUUCUCCUCCUCACAACAAACAGUGCUGCCCUGUACAUAGUUCAACAGUAUAUUUUUUCAAAAGGUAACUACACCUGUCCUGAAAUUGUGUUUGGUUCAGGAUUUCCCAAAGACCAGGAGUAUGCGCAAAUCUGUCGCAAUGUGAGUCGGGUGAAGUCAUGUAUGGAGACUGGUCGGACUGUCAUCCUGCUGAACCUCCUCAAUCUAUAUGAGAGUCUGUAUGAUGCCUUGAACCAGUACUAUGUUGAAUUUAGUGGGCAACGGUAUGUAGACCUGGGACUAGGGUCACACAGAGUGAAGUGUCGGGUGCACAGAGACUUUAGACUGGUCGUUAUUGAAGACCAAGAGAAAGUCUACGACAAGUUUCCUGUUCCACUCAAAAAUAGGCUGGAGAAGCAUAGAGUAGACAGGAGUACAGACUUGACACCAUGGCAGCACAGAGUUCUUGCAAAACUGAGAAUUUGGGUGAAUGCAUUUUCACAUGCUGGGUCAACAACAUCAGAUUUUAGCCCAACGGAUGCCUUUGUUGGUUUUCAUGGAGAUGCCUGUGCCAGUGCCCUCCUGCAAGCCUUGGAACAAAGAGAACAAGACCUUCAAAAAGUGGGAGAUGGUCAUGUUUCCACAGUUACAUCCACGGUGAAGGAGGGCAACGUUAUCACUGCACCCAUAGAGGAGGGCAGUAUAACAAUAAUCACAGAGAGUCGGGCACAAGGAGGAGAAGCUGUGGGCCAUCAGAUGACAACUGAUGAUGACAAGGAAAAUGCUAUGAUAGGUGUUGAGUCUGAUGUGGAUCAUACUUUUCUUGCUGAUGAUGAAGGUGGACUUGCCCUGAUACAAACAGAUGACAGUGACGAGGCAAUAGAAGUCGAAAAGGAAGCAGAGGUCACUGAUGCAAUUCCCAAGUCUGAGGAAAUGGACGUAGACCCAGGUGAAGCUGAGGCAGUAAAGUACAAUGAGCCAAAUGAAACCAAGAAUGAAGAGGAAGAGGUCUAUGAAUCUGCCAAGUAUUUCUUAUUGAAAUGUGCCACUCCAGACUCUGUGCUGAGGCUAAAGUACUCAAAGUUGGGAAAUCAGGAAGCAGAGAAACAUCAGUGGCUGUAUUUCCAUCAGCAGCACCACCACUCCCUCAAAGACUUUAUGGGCAGUCAUUUGAAGAGAAAAGACAAAGAGAGAAGCAGAUUCAUAGAGGUAACCACCUUCGCUGGUCUGCUCACUAAAGCUGAUGUGCGAAAUCUGACCCAAGCUUUGGGCUUGUCCAUGGAACAGCUGCUUUUGCUGUCUCUGCACCAAUUUGACACAGAGGCUUCGUUCUGCCGGAAGAUUCGAAACUUCCUGCAGUGUGCAAGUCUGUCCAGCCAUAUCUUACUGGUACAGACAGAUAUGGAGGAAUCGCUUUGCAAAAAUGAGCUCAUUGCUUCAGCAAAAUACUGCACCAUGAAUGAACUUCUGUCUUUUCGGUCAGAAGACUGCAACUGUUAUAUCAUGUUCAUCACAAAGCUCUCCAGGAUUGCAAGUGGCAAUAAGUAUAUUGGUUUCCAAGGAGGUGCUUGGCUUUCAGUGCAUAUCGAUGACCUCAGAGACACUAAAGACAUGAGCCUGGAUCUCUCUGUUUUCUGUGGAACACCUAUCAGCAAACUCCUCGCCCAGCAGAGACAGACAGAUGUAGAAGAUGCCACUGAAGAUCAAGAGAGUGCUAUACCAGUGGGCCAAGGGGAUGAACCUGCAUACCUGCACAGUGUAUCGUUGGUGAAAUCCUGUUCUCAGAAAGCUGUUUCUUUACUGAGGGACCCUGUUAAUAAAGCCUCUAGGAGUAUGACGCGCAUGGGUAUUCUUCUGGACCUCCUAGGAAAUAACCGAGGGAACACUGCAGCCCGUUUCCAAAAAGUGCUGAUGAAGAGGCUGGUGGUUGCCUUGACCCAGAGGGAGGAGCAUAUUCCUAAUUCGGGAGACUGGGUGAAUAAGGAAGCAAAGAAGCGAGAGGCGUUGCAAGAAGGUGGAACUCUCAGGCACACUCUAUGGCGCUGCCUACAGGGUGUUCUGACCCCGGUUCUAGCUCGAGUGUUGGAGGUAUUGGACAGAGACUCUAACCUGGACCUGCUAUAUGAUGCUGGGCUCAGCGAGGGGCUCAUCCAAUUCUGGCUGGACAUCUUCAGUGAUGAACAGAUUUUAGACCUGUCACUGCCUCAGGGCUCAAGUGGCUCAGAACAAGAAAUUGAUGUUCAGUGCAACCUGUUGGUGGGAGUAGACGAGCGCGCCUGCACAGCUCCUUUCAGCUGGCUCAUCAGGCUGUAUUGCCAGAAUCUAUGGGAGGAGUCUCAGUUUGUGCAAACUACUGGACAGAGCAGCAAAGAGAGGAUCCAGCAGUUUGUGAGUGCGGUGACAGGCAGUAGUCUGGGUGGCUAUAUUGAAAAACUCUUGGAGAGAGAGCAGGUGGAGCUAGGCCACAAAUAUCUCACUGAUUUUCUGCUACUUUCCUUCAAAACCAAGACUGAGGAAGAAAUGAAGGUGUUUGGUGCAGCGUUGUUGGGUUGCGUCUCUGCUCUGCAGCAGAGCAUGAGUGUGACCCCUAACCUUUCUCCAGCCUGGAUCAUGGCAGCUGCCCACCACUACAGCCCUCGUCUGGACACUCUCUCUCAUGCCCUACAGCUUCAGCCACAUCUAGCUCCUCUCAUUCUGAAACAGCAAUUGCAGAAAGAUCUCCCUGACAUGUGUGAAGACAUUCUAGCUCUUGGGAUAUGCGUGGAGGAGACUAAACUUCAGCCACUGACGUCAGGUCCUGAGUGUAUGUCCUUCCUGAGCAGAGUUGAAUUGCUCCAGCCGUGUUUGCAGAGAGUAAUGAGUCACAGCUAUUGCUCCCUCUGCAGCCCUGGCUGUCUCAAACACCUCACUGCUAUUAAGUCAGUAUGGCAGGGGAUGCUGGUCAUGGCAGCCUUUAUCGAGCAGGUUGUGGUCAAAGUGAACUCGAAUAAAGAGAGGCUGGUGGCGCUGACGAUGAAACACUGCAGCCAGGUGCAAAGGCUGAUGGAGGAAUGUCCCAACCUGCAGAGCAAAGCCGCUCUACAACAGCUCAUCCGCAUCCUCAAUGAUUACCACGAGGAGUCCAUCAGCAGAGAGCUGCGCUUCGGUAUAAAGUGCCCAGUGUGUCUGCUGGACAUGUCUGAGCCUUGCGUCCUGCAGUGUGAGCAUGUCUUCUGUCUGUCCUGUGUGAAGAGUUGUCUGCAAGCACAGGAAACAAAGUACUGCCCCAAAUGCAGGACAAACCUGCCUCCCAACUACCAGCCCACUGUCUCUUCAACCAUAGAAUUUGCUCUAAAUGAGCACAGAAACGUGAGGAGAUGCUGUAACUCCUUCUUCCUGGAGGUGGUCUCUCGUUUCUGUCUCUCUGAAGGACAGCGCCCUGAGGAAGACAUGGUGGAGCUGCUCUUCUCUCUGCUCAUCUCAGCACAGGGGGACGUAUAUAAAACCAGAGAGCUCACUCCUUUCCUGGAAUGUGUUGAUCAGAGCCCUGUGGUUCGGUCUGUGCUGCCCAAACUCUUACUGCAAUAUAGUUUUGACCAGGUAAUGGGCCAUAUUCAGACAUACUUAGAGAACCUGGAGGACAAGCUCCUGGACGAUGAGGACAGGACAGAGCUUUACCGACUCUUCGCCAACUGUUUCCAGGAUUCUCUGCUCUGUCCGAGCCUGGGCAGAGCUCUGGAGUCCGGAGAGUUGCGGCAUCAGCAGGAAGACAUUAACUUUCUCAGUCGACUGGUCCGCAAACAGACCCCGUCCAGAGAGCGACAGCCGGCAGAGUUCCUGCUCUCCAUGGCACGUCUCAGGAUCAGUCUGGACACUGCUGCCCGAAUACUGCCCAGAGCUGUCGGCCAAAAGAGCGGUGAAUGUGCCGUGUGGGAACAGAAGCUGUUAGAGCAGGUGAAAGCAGUGUGUGAGUACGGUGGGAACGACUGGUACAGGGUGUACUUGCUGAGAGCGCUGAACAGGCAGGCUGGCAUUGACUGUGUGCAGACCUUGAUGAACAGCGCCCCCUAUGAGUGGGUCUUCCCAGCUGAGCUCUUGCGACUUCAGAGGCUGAUUCCUGCAGAGGUGGAUCGCUUCCUGUGCUGUGGUCAGUUGUAUCAGCUCCUGAGAAAUGGAGUGGGUCAGGCAUUACUGGAGUCCAGCACAGAUGAGCUCAAAACCAACCUGCAGGACGUGGUCAGCUCCAGUUCUGCGAGGGUUCUCUUGGCUCUGGCCUUGUUUAGACGAGUCACCUGCCGCCUGUUGUCACUUGACUCUGCCUUGCAUCCUAGAGCUCAGGAGCUGGAGAUCCUGAAAGACUUUGUCAGGGAGAACACGGCCGGGCAUCUCAGAGAACUCUGCACCAGCCUCUUAUCCAGGCAUGCUGAAGGUCUGGUUUCUCAGCUGUACAUCAGUGCAGGUCAAUCUGCUGAGAGGCGCCGUCUAUUGGAGCUAGUGGUUCAUGCCAACGCUGUGUUCCACAGUGGAAGCAGAUUACUGCACCCGCUCCAUCUCAUUGCCUCGAGACCACAGACUAUGGCGGAGGCCUUUCUGCCCACCAUGCCAGACGACAACACCAGCAUUGUCCAUAAAUGGCUUAACGAAAAAAAACUGAAGAUGUACUUAUGUAGAAAUGGUCAUCCAUGCAUGGUUGGAGAGUGCGGGAAACCAACAGCUUUGGCAAAGUGUGACACAUGUGGAGUGCAAAUAGGCGGUCAGCACCACAACCCAGUGGCUGGUUUCACUCCGGUUCACAAUGUGUCUGAUCAGACCCGAAGAGGCCACGUUCUGGGGCAGGCUUCUCACAGAUCUGAAGCCCCAAACAGAGAUCUGACCAUGGUCCAGUCCAGUGUGCUGCGCCUCUGCCUACAUCUGGCCAUGCUGCAGGGAUCUGCAUUCAAUCCUGAGGGUAUUAGUGCAAUGAUCCAGCCCACUGUACACAACAUCUAUGAGUUUCUGUGGCAUCACCUUGAGAAGGACAUGGAGGCUCUUGGGAAGACACUGAAUCUGAACUGGGAUGACACAGCCAUCGCUGUUCAUCUGAUCCUCAAUGCGUUUACUCAUCUCUCUACAGCUGGUGCUCAACACGGGGCAGCACAAUUGUCUUCUCGGCAGGACCGAGAGCAAUGGGAGAAGGACAUGUGCAGGAUGGUCAUCAGUCCUAUCCUAACGAAUCUGGACAGGCAGCUCAGUGACGCUCAGGAACGCAUUGCAGCUGACGACAAGCUGUCUGACAGCACUCUGAUUAAAGUGCUCAAGCGAGACCCUUGUAGCCUCUUGUCACUCCCUUCUGACUGUCCCAGCCACCACUCUGCUUUCUGGACACCUCCGGACCCCCUGACUGUGGAACGUCUCUCCCAGCUCAUAGCCCAAAAGCAGGCUGUGAGCCCAGUUCCCUUGCUCUCUCUCUUUAUCAACAGAGUGCAGUGUGUAAGGCAGCUGGUUUGUCUUCCUGACCUGGCAGCGCUGCUCUCUGAUCUGAUGAGAGUUGUACCUGCUCACUCUGAGACGAUCAACCACACCAUCGCAACACUACUGCACAGCUUGCCUGCAGGCCAUCAGAGGAAUACACUGACACGAAGGGUGAAGACCUUCUGCGACGUGUGGAACCAGCUAAGAAUGGAGCUGUUUGACAAGGGUGUGGAUUCUGAACUGUGCGGGAAAGACAUUAUCAUGGAAAGUUCUGGCCAAUAUCUCUCUUUAAAUCGGCGUGGUCCAGGCUCCUGUCUCUACGCUCUCAUUGACCUACUGUCAGAAACUCACAACAGCCUCGUGCGAGAAGCUCGAAAACUCAGCCGUCAGGAAGACAGUGACUAUAGUGUGCCUUUGGGGGUGCUGUCUGAAAAUCAGCUGGCCCUGUGCAACCCAGAGAAAGAACUCCUCCCCCUGGUGUUAGCUCACUGUAACUACACACUUGUGAAGGGCCAGCAAACUGCCACUGACUACGAUCUUCAGGCAAUUGAGAGGCAACUUAACAGACGUUUCCUUGCUGGCAAGCCUCGCAUCCAGAUGGACACUGAAAAGUAUCUGAAGAGGCACCAUCAAGACUUUUCAGAGGUCCUAAAAGAUGUUAGGACAAAGAUUUCGCAGGAGCCGCUGAAGGGUUCAGUGUGCAGCUCAAUAAGGGCAGUGCUGCGCUCCUUCACAGAUGUCUGUAGUGCUGUGUAUGCUCUGGAGAUUGGUCUGCGUUUUCUGGGUAAAACCGGAGGACAUCCAGGUUCGUUGCUACUGUCCUACCUUCAGAAGUCUCUCAGAAUGGAGCAAGAGAUCUCCAGCAACGUAGCCAAGGCCUUGGCAGAGAACAGGCUGGAUCAGAGUACAGCCACCUGGCAGCUGCUCACCUGCUGGAGGAGUGAGCUGAAGCUGAGGAAAGGACAGGAUCCGUUCCCAAGACUUUCUGAAGAGUUCAAAGAGAAGCUGACAGGGGACGAGAGGAGAGAGCUGAAAGAGUUCUUGGAAGUCACUGAUGUUGAUCUUUUCUCUCUGGAGCUUCAUGAAAUUCUGCUCCUGAAGGCCGACAGCACGUCGCAGAGUGGCUACUCUUCUACCUGGGACAUCCAAAACACUAUGGAAAGCCAUUUGGAAGAAAAAGGUGCCCCUGUCUUGCCUGGACUACACAGUCUCUCUUCAGAGAUCACCCUGAGCAAAGCUGCCGAUGUCUGGAGGCUUGCAGUGGAGUUCAAGACAUGACUGGGUUUGCUCGUGUAUUAAAGAAUGCAUGCUAAGAACAAAUACAGUAGUAUUAGUGUCCAGUACACCUGCUUGACUUCAUCGUUUUAAAUGUUUCAGGCCCUGAAUGUGAAUUCUUUCCACAGUGGUACUCGCCAUAUUCAGCAUUCACUGUUUCUUAGCAUCUCAUUUGAAUACACUGACGUUUGUGUGAGUUUAACGCCAUGAAAACUGCUAAUGUAAUAAUGUGCACUUUACUGUUCUUAAAGUCUUUUCUUCUUGUCUUAAUUGUUUUUAAAUCUAUGUAGUUUUCACCAUUCCAUUUACUUUCUUUCUGGUUUUGUAAAAUUGUGGUAAAAUAUUACCACAGUGGAGGUCUUAGGUUCAGGUUGAUGCUGUACUUUAUCUUCUUAACUCUGCAAUAAAUCUGUAUUACUGUAA